CUCAAAGUCCCCCACAGUUUUUAAGUGUCAUUCAUAUCAGUAGGCAGACCCGGCAGGGAGAAAACCAAAGGGAUAAUAUGUCUGGUGGGAUCUUCUCCCCUUUGGAUAACCUCUAUGACCUAGACAGUGCCAACUGCCACCCCUUGGUGUGCCACUUGUGCCAUGAGCAGUAUGAGCACCCAUGUCUGCUGGAUUGUUAUCAUACCUUCUGUGCUAGCUGCCUGCGAGGCAGGGCUGUGGACAGUCGGCUAACAUGCCCCCUGUGUGGACAUCAGACAGUAGUUAAAGGCAUAUGUGCGCUCCCUCCUGAGGACCGUCUCCUAAAGUUCCUUGUGGACAAUUCUACUGACAGUGAAGAGACCGUGCAGUGUGCCAACUGUGACUUGGAGUGCAAGAAGCAGGAUGUGGAUGCAAUGUAUUAUUGCAACACUUGUAGCCAGCCCCUGUGUGGAGACUGCAAAGAAAGCACCCACAAGGCCAAGAUGUUCUCCCGACACGAGAUUGUCUCCUUGGCCAAGCGCACCAAAGAGGCCCAUAAAAAAUGUGGCCUCCAUGAGGAGCUCUAUAUCAUGUUCUCCACUGAGAAGAAGUCCAUGCUGUGUAUCAACUGUUUCAGAGACAUGCAAGUGGAGAGCAGAGCACACUGCAUUGAUAUUGAGACAGCAUAUAUGCAAGGCUGUGAAAAAUUGGACCACGCCGUCCUAGCAGUGAAAGAACUACAGACAUCAGCCAAGGAAGCCAUUUUUCUGCUAAAGGCCAUGAUUGGAGAGGUCAGGACAAAUGUGGACGAGGAGGAGAAUGCCAUCUGUACUCUAUUCAACAACAUGCAGGAGAAACUGGCUGAAAGAAAGAGGAUUCUCCUCAAGGCUGCCAAGAGUCAGCAUGAGGAGAAGGACCGCGCUUUCAAAGAGCAACUGUCCCAUUUAGCAGCUCUGCUCCCGACCCUCCAGGUUCAUCUUGUGACAUGCUCCGCUUUUCUUAGUUCAGCCAAUAAAUUUGAGUUCCUUGACAUGGGUUAUCAACUGAUGGAGAGGCUGAAGAAGAUUGUGAAGUUGCCUCACAGACUAAGGCCAGCUCAGAGCAGUAAAAUAAACACAGAGUACCGGUCAGAGUUCGCCCGCUGCCUGGAGCCACUGUUGCUGAUUGGACAGCGCCGCUCCUUCUCUGGCAGCGUCUCGGGGUUGUGCCUCGGCGGCUCCAGUGGACUCUUGCAGUCCUCCCUCUCUGCACCCUCCCACUGUCCGGUGGCUAGUGACAUGUCCCUUAGCUCGUCGGUGGUUCGGAAGCCAACUGCUCACCGCUACAUCAGCACCAAGGUCCUGCUGGCCGAAGGAGGGGAGACGCCCUUCACUGACCACUGCCGCAACUACGAGAGCAGCUACAAGACUCUCCAGACCGAAAUCCAGAUGCUGAAAGACCAGGUGCAGGAGGUCCACAGAGAUCUCACCAAGCACCACUCUCUCAUUAAAGCCGACACCAUGAACGAGAUUCUCGAGAAAUCGGUGCACGUCGACCGGGAGAUCUCCACAGAAUACUCUUCCGUAGAAAAGACGAGAUCCUUGUUUGAAGAGGUCUGGGAGGAGACCUUUCAGAGGGUAGCAAAUGAACAGGAAAUCUAUGAAGCACAGCUCCAUGACCUGCUCCAGCUGAGGCAGGAGAACUCCUACCUGACCACCAUCGCCAGGCAGAUAGGGCCCUACAUCCAUUCCAUUGCCAAGGUCAAGGAACGUCUUGAGCCCAGGCUAAAGGACCCCAUGGUGUUUAAGGAUGAUCGCACAGAGACCAUGGUGAAAAUCUAUGAUGAUAGCAGCGCUGCUAACUCACGCAGUGACUCAUCCUCCAGUACUGAGGAUGAAGGCCAUGAGAAAGUGCUGGAUGACCAUUUGAUAUCAGAUGAGACCCCACCCAAGACCAAGGACUACUACAGAACAGGCAGGCAGAAGAGUCUGACAGAACUGCCGUGUCGCAAGGAGAUACCUAUUUAGCACCAAUACAAUUAACAAAUCGAGGGACGUCCUAAAUCGUAUCCACAAGCAUGCACUGGAUUUAUAAACAGUGUAAUAAAAUCACAGCAUUCAUCUCAAACUGAUUAAACAUUUAACUUUA